AUGAUAACGCCAGUCAAGAAUGGAAAGCGUUUGCCGGUAUCACAAAAAUGCGUCAUUCUCGACUCGGAUAGAAAACUUCAGUUUUACGUUUACGGACGGGACGUUGACUCACAAAAAGCAAAUCUUGACGAAACUUUGGAAGGAAUCGAAACGCUUCCAAACGUCUUGAACAAAUUUAAGGAGAUGAACGUUUGCAGUGGCGUCGGCGAAGUUAAUAUCGAUCUUCUUCGAGCUGAUACCGUAUUUCAAGACGGCAUUCAACAGUGGCGCAGCAAAGACUGCAGUCUUCUCUUCAAAAAACGAAGAUGCGAUAGCUGUAUGAAAAUGAGGAAACGCAUACAGGGCUUAAUAACACGGAAUAAAAAUCGUAAGAAAAAUGGAAUUUUUCUAAGAAACAUCGGUGCUUCGAAUUCCAUAGAGCGUCGUAACCUCGUAGCGCUGCGAUUAAAAUGCCGACGUCAAAAAUGUCAACAAAAUCGAGCUAAAGAACGCGAGAAACAUCUGAUGAGCUGUCUAAAAAAACAAGAAGAACAAAUAGCUAAUAUGCAAGAGGCAACUUUAGAUGAGAAAUGCUCUGCAUUAAACGUUCCAGCUGCUCAACAAUUGGCACUGAAAGAAAUCGUAGCCGCAGCGAGCAAGAAAGACACCAAGAGUCGACGUUACAGAGAGGACUGGAUGAUGUUGUGUAUGCUGAUGAACAUCCGAUCCCCGGGAUACUAUCAGUUCCUGCGGAAAAACAAUAUUCUGCCACUAUUAUGCUUAAAAUCGGUACGCAGGUAUUUAUCAUUAAUUGAUAUGAAAUGCGGCUUUGACGAACGGUUUGCAGAAUUACUUAAAAAACAUCUUGCUACAAAAACUCUUCUGCAACGACACGGCGUACUGCUGCUCGAUGAAAUCAAUCUACGGAAAUCUGUAGCCGUGUGUUCCAAGAAUUUGACUUAUGUCGGCUUGACAGAUUUGGGCGACAACGGGCUGCGAUCUUCGGACAUAAGCGAACAGGCAACGCAUGGUCUAGUUGUAAUGUUUCAAUCUCUUGCCGAUACUUACACGCAGCCAAUCGCAGUUUUUGCUUCAAAAAAUCCAGUUAAAGGAGAAGAGCUCGCUAAGCUAAUUGUAAAAGGAAUUAUCUAUCUGGAGAAGUGCGGAGCGACAAUUCACGGUGUUAUUGCUGAUGGUGCUGCAACAAACCAGAAGAUGUGGUCGCUUCUGGAUGUUAGGAGUACGAUGCAAAACACCAAGACAUGGUUCACUCAUCCUUCAGACGAUGAAAGAAAAGUGUUCGUUUUCUCCGACACGCCGCAUGUGAUUAAGAACAUACGAAAUCGACUGUUGAACCAAAAGAAACUGCGGCUCAAUUCCACGGAGAACUACAUUUGUUGGCAAUAUUUCGAGACGUUGUAUGAGCUCGAUAAAAGCCAUCCAGGAAAUGCCCAUGCAUGUCCAAAAAUAACGGAGCGACAUGUACACAUGGAUAACGCAUCAAAAAUUCGAUUAGCGACCCAG